AUGGAGAACGAACGCGGCGAGCUCGUCGACCUCUACGUCCCCCGCAAGUGCUCGGCCACCAACCGCAUCAUCCAGGCCAAGGACCACGCUUCCGUCCAGAUCUCCGUCGGCAAGGUCGAUGAGAACGGCCGCUACACCGGCGAGAACCAGACCUACGCCCUCUGCGGUUUCGUCCGCGCCAUGGGCGAGAGCGACGACUCCAUCAACCGUUUGACUCAGCGCGACGGUUUCCUCAAGAAUGUCUGGAGCGCCAGCCGACCAUCCGGACCAGAUCGACUGUUGGGAGGAACACGCAAAGAGGAAGAAAAGAAAGACGUUGGCGAGGGACAAGGCGGGACAGUGAACUCGGAACUAACAGCCUUCGUCUCAGGCAAUGCUCCUUCAUUCGGUGUAAACGGUUUCGGGGAUUCGGUAGCGUUGCUGGCUGCAUACCAAGAGGAGCCUUCCGGAUAA